AUGAAUAAUGAUAAACAAUCGAAAGGAUUAAACGUGUCUAGUGAUGUUGUCGUAGGGAGCAUAAUUCUUACUAGUUUAUUAUUUGGCACAAAAAAUGGAUAUUCCCGAUUUCUAAAACAAUAUCGAGACGCAAGAGAUAUUCCUUCGAGAGCAUUCAAGCGCAGAUGGUUAUAUGGAAAAGUAACAGCAGUUGGUGACGGUGAUAAUUUCCGUUUUUACCAUACUCCAGGAGGAAUACUCGGAGGUUGGGGGACUUUCAGACGUAUUCCUCAAUUAGAUAAGAAUACAAUCGGGUUCACUUCGAAGUCAACCUAUAAUUCUCGGAAUCCUACAUCAAGCUCUUUUCUAAAUCGUUUAUUCAUUUAUAGGAAAAAAAAGGUGAAAGAUAUUUCCAAGUAUUAUAUGAGCUUAGAGGUACCUUAUAAAGGUAAAAGAAACGUUCCAACAAUUUCAGUACGACUAUCUGGAAUUGACGCUCCAGAGAGAGCACAUUUUGGAGGAGAAACACAGCCUUUUGGAGAUGAAGCAUUGAAUUGGUUAAGGUACGUUAUAUUAGGAAAGAGGAUAUGGAUUAAACCGCUCUCUAUCGAUCAAUAUAAUAGAUGUGUUGCAAGGGCAGUAUAUUGGAAUUGGUAUAGUGGAUGGACAGAUGUUAGUCUCCAAAUGUUGAAAGAAGGGUUAGCGACGGUAUAUGAGGCUAAGACAGGUGCGCAAUUUGAUGGACGAGAGAGUGUUUACAGAUUAAAUGAGUUUAUCUCGAAAUCCAAGUCAAGAGGUCUGUGGGCUCAGAAGAAAGUCGAAACCCCAGGUCAAUAUAAGAAACGGCAAAAGUCAUGA